UUCACGCCUCAGAGCCCAGACGAGCAGCAGCUGGACCGCAUGACGGACUCCCUCCGCCGGACACUGAGCAGUCAACACAGCGGAGCAGGACACGGACACAGGAAGUAGACCCGAGCUCUCCCACAGUGCCUGCAGCUGAGAACCAGCUACCAUGACGGACGCAGACAAAUUCCUAUAUGGGGACCGCAGCGGGGUAAACAACCCGCUGGCCCAGGCUGACUGGGCCACCAAGAAGCUGGUGUGGGUCCCCUCUGAGAAGCUGGGCUUCGAGGUCGGCUCUCUUAAAGAGGAGCAUGGAGAGGAGUGUGUGGUCGAGCUUGCUGACUCUGGCAAGAAGGUGAAGGUCAACAAGGACGACAUUCAGAAGAUGAACCCACCCAAGUUCAACAAGGUGGAGGACAUGGCCGAGCUCACCUGCCUGAACGAGGCCUCGGUGCUGCACAACCUUAAGGAGAGAUACUACUCUGGUCUCAUCUAUACGUACUCUGGUCUCUUCUGCGUGGUGGUCAACCCGUACAAGUACUUGCCCAUCUACUCUGAGGACAUAGUGAAUAUGUACAAGGGCAAGAAGAGACACGAGAUGCCCCCGCACAUCUAUGCCAUCACAGACACUGCCUACAGGAGCAUGAUGCAGGAUCGUGAGGAUCAAUCCAUCCUUUGCACUGGGGAAUCUGGAGCAGGAAAAACGGAAAACACAAAGAAAGUCAUUCAGUAUCUCGCCCAUGUUGCCUCAUCUGUCAAAUCUAAGAAAGAUCAGGGUAACGCAGUGUUGUCACACGGGGAACUGGAGAAACAGCUGCUGCAAGCAAACCCCAUCCUUGAGGCCUUCGGCAAUGCAAAGACUGUCAAGAACGACAACUCCUCAAGAUUUGGAAAAUUCAUCAGGAUCAACUUUGAUGUCAAUGGAUAUAUUGUUGGAGCCAACAUUGAAACUUAUCUGCUGGAGAAGUCUCGAGCCAUCAGACAAGCUAAAGAGGAGAGGAGCUUCCAUGUCUUCUACUACAUGUUGUCAGGAGCAGGGGAGAAGCUGCGCUCUGAGUUGUGUCUGGAGGAUUACAGCAAGUACCGUUUCCUGUCGAAUGGAAAUGUGACGAUUCCAGGACAGCAGGACAAGGACAUGUUCACUGAGACUAUGGAUGCCUUUCAGAUCAUGAGCAUCCCUGAGGAGGAAAGAAUUGGUCUGUUGAAGGUGGUGUCGGCUGUGUUGCAGUUGGGGAACAUGUCCUUCAAGAAGGAACGUCACUCUGACCAGGCGUCCAUGCCUGACGACACCGCUGCCCAGAAAGUGUGUCACCUGCUGAGCAUCAAUGUAACCGACUUCACACGAGCGAUCCUGACCCCCAGAAUCAAGGUUGGCAGGGACUACGUGCAGAAGGCCCAGACUCAGGAGCAGGCUGAGUUUGCUGUCGAGGCUCUGGCUAAAGCAUCUUACGAGAGGAUGUUCCGCUGGCUCGUCAUGAGGAUCAACAAGGCGCUGGACAAGACCAAGAGACAGGGAGCCUCCUUCAUUGGCAUCCUGGACAUUGCUGGAUUUGAGAUCUUUGAGUUGAACUCGUUUGAGCAGCUGUGUAUCAACUACACCAAUGAAAAGCUGCAGCAGCUCUUCAACCACACCAUGUUCAUCCUGGAGCAGGAGGAGUACCAGAGGGAGGGCAUCGAGUGGAGCUUCAUCGACUUUGGCCUCGACCUGCAGCCCUGCAUAGACCUCAUCGAAAAACAUGCCAGUCCUCCAGGCAUCCUGGCUCUGCUAGAUGAAGAGUGUUGGUUCCCAAAAGCCACAGACAAGUCGUUUGUGGAGAAGGUGGUUCAGGAGCAGGGAACGCACCCCAAGUUCCAGAAACCCAAGAAACUCAAGGACGAUGCUGAUUUCUGCGUUAUGCACUAUGCUGGAAAGGUGGACUACAAAGCAGACGAGUGGCUGCUGAAAAACAUGGAUCCUCUGAAUGAGUGUGUUGCCUCUUUGCUCAACCAGUCUACUGACAAGUUUACUGCUGAUCUGUGGAGAGACAUGGACCGUAUUGUGGGUCUGGAAAAGGUGGCGAUGUCAGACUCCAUCCAUGGGGCCUUUAAAACCCGUAAGGGCAUGUUCCGCACUGUGGGCCAACUGUACAAGGAGCAGCUGAGUAACCUAAUGACCACACUCAGAAACACCAACCCUAACUUUGUGCGCUGCAUCAUCCCCAACCACGAGAAGAAGGCUGGUAAACUGGAGUCUCACCUGGUUCUGGACCAGCUCAGGUGCAAUGGAGUCCUGGAGGGGAUUCGUAUCUGCAGACAGGGCUUCCCCAACCGCAUCGUCUUCCAGGAGUUCAGACAGAGGUAUGAAAUUCUCACUCCAAGCGCUAUCCCAAAGGGCUUCAUGGACGGCAAGCAGGCCUGUGUGCUCAUGAUUAAAGCUUUAGAGCUGGACCCCAAUCUGUACCGCAUCGGUCAGAGUAAAGUGUUCUUCAGAGCUGGAGUCCUGGCUCACCUGGAGGAGGAGAGAGACAUGAAGAUCACUGAUGUCAUCAUCAGCUUCCAGGCCUGGUGCAGAGGAUAUCUGGCCCGCAAAGCCUUUGCUAAGAGACAGCAGCAGCUGACAGCAAUGAAAGUUAUCCAGAGAAACUGUGUAGCUUAUCUCAAACUCAGGAACUGGCAGUGGUGGAGGCUUUUCACUAAGGUGAAGCCUCUGCUGCAAGUGACUCGGCAGGAGGAGGAGAUGCUGGCCAAAGAAGAUGAGCUGUUGAAGGUGAAGGAGAGACAACUGCAGGCGGAGGAUCAGAUCAAAGAGUUUGAAGCCAAGCAGCAACAGCUGAGUGCUGAGAAGUCGGCUCUUCAGGAGCAGCUCCAGGCAGAGACGGAGCUGUGUGCCGAGGCUGAAGAGAUGAGAUCACGUCUGGCCACCAGAAAGCAGGAGCUGGAGGAUAUCCUGCACGACCUGGAGUCUCGCCUGGAGGAGGAGGAGGAGAGAGUAACUCAGAUGCACACAGAGAGGAAGAAGAUGCAGCAGAACAUCACGGAUUUAGAGCAGCAGCUGGAUGAGGAGGAGGCGGCCAGACAGAAGCUUCAGAUGGAGAAGGUCACCAUGGACGCCAAGCUGAAGAAGACUGAGGAGGAAGUCAUGGUGCUGGACGACCAGAACAGCAAGCUUAACAAGGAAAAGAAACUGCUGGAGGAAAGGAUCUCUGAGUUCACCACCAACUUGUCUGAGGAGGAAGAGAAGUCUAAAAGUUUACAGAAACUCAAAAAUAAACAUGAAGCCAUGAUCACUGAUUUGGAAGAUCGUCUGAGGAAAGAGGAGAAAGUGCGUCAGGAGUUGGAGAAGAACCGUCGUAAACUUGAAGGAGACUCUACGGACCUCAAUGACCAGAUUGCAGACCUGCAGGCUCAGUUAGCUGAACUCCGAGCUCAAUUUGCCAAGAAGGAGGAGGAACUGCUUGCUGCACUGGCCAGGAUAGAGGAGGAGGCUGCGGCCAAGAACGCAGCCCAGAAGAAGAUCAGGGAGCUGGAGGCCCAGAUUUCAGAGCUACAGGAGGAUCUGGAGCUGGAGAGGCAGGCACGUGCCAAGGCUGAGAAACACCGCAGGGACCUGGGAGAAGAGCUCGAGGCCCUCAAGACUGAGCUGGAGGACACGUUGGACUCCACAGCAGCACAACAGGAGCUCAGGUCAAAGCGAGAGACAGAGGUCACCCAGCUGAAGAAGACACUGGAGGAAGAGGCCAAGAUUCAUGAGCAGCAGAUGGCCGACAUGAGACAAAAGCACAAUCAGGCGUUUGACGAGCUCAACGAGCAGCUGGAACAGGCUAAAAGGAACAAAGUGUCGGUGGAGAAAGCCAAGCAGGCCCUGGAGAGCGAGUGGAACGAGCUACAGAUCGAGCUAAACACUCUGACGCAAGGAAAGGGAGAUUCUGAACAUCGUCGCAAGAAGGCCGAGUCCCAGGUUCAAGAGCUGCAGGUCAAAUUUGGAGAAAGUGAGCGACAGAGGCAGGAUCUCUCCAGCAAGCUGACAAAGAUACAGUCGGAGCUGGACAAUGUGAACAGCCUCCUGAGUGAAGCAGAGGGCAAGAACAUCAAAACCAGCAAAGACCUUUCUUCUUUCGAGUCUCAGCUGCAGGACACACAGGAGUUGCUCCAUGAGGAGACUCGUCAGAAGCUUGCGCUCUCCACCCAGCUGAGGCAGCUGGAGAACGACCAGAACAGCCUGCGGGACAUGCUGGAGGAGGAGGAGGAGAGCAAGAGGAACGUGGAGAAGCAGGUCUCCGCUCUGCAGGCCCAGUUGGCAGAGACGAAGAAGAAGCUGGAACAGGAGGCUUUGAACCUGGAGGGCACAGAGGAGGGCCGCAAGCGUGUCCAGCGGGAGGUGGAUAGUCUGAUGCAGGAGCUGGAGGAGAAAUCAGCCGCUUACGACAAACUGGACAAGACCAAGACUCGUUUGCAGCAAGAGCUGGAUGAUCUCCUGUUGGACCAGGACCACCUGAGGCAGAACGUCUCUAACUUGGAGAAGAAGCAGAGGAAGUUUGACCAGAUGCUGGCAGAGGAGAAAACUAUUUCUACUCAGUACGCUGAGGAGCGUGACAAGGCCGAGGCUGAGGCCAGGGAGAAGGAAACACGAGCGCUGACGCUGGCCCGUGAGCUGGAGACUAUGACAGACCUGAAGAGUGAGUUGGACCGGGCCAAUAAGAUGCUCAAAGCUGAGAUGGAAGAUUUGGUCUCGUCCAAAGAUGAUGUCGGCAAGAGCGUUCAUGAGCUGGAGAGGUCAAAGCGUGCCAUGGAGCAGCAGCUGGAGGAGAUGAAACUUCAGCUGGAGGAGCUGGAGGAUGAGCUGCAGACCACAGAAGAUGCCAAACUGCGUCUUGAGGUCAACAUGCAAGCUAUGAAGGCUCAGUUUGACCGAGACCUUCUGGCCAGAGAUGAGCAGGGAGAGGACAAGAGGAAACAGCUGGUUAAACAGGUGCGUGAGAUGGAGACUGAGCUGGAAGAUGAACGUAGGCAGCGUUCUCAGGCGCUCUCAUCUAAGAAGAAACUGGAGCUGGACAUGGCAGAACUUGAGGUCCAGAUCGAUGCUGCCAACAAGGGCCGUGAUGAGGCCCUCAAACAGCUGAAGAAACUCCAGGCCCUGAUGAAAGAGCAGAUGAGGGAGUUGGAGGAGCUGCGUAUGUCCAGAGAUGAAGCCGUCAGUGGAGCCAAAGAGACUGAGAGGAAGCUCAAGGCCAUGGAGGCAGACACCCUGCACUUCCAGGAGGAAGUGGCCACUGCAGAGAGACUCAAGAGACAGGUGCAGACAGAGAGAGAUGAGCUCCAGGAAGAGGUUAACAUCAGCAACUCCAAAAAUUCUCUGCUGGCCGACGAGAAGAGGAGACUGGAGGCUCGUAUCAGCCAGCUGGAGGAGGAGUUGGAGGAAGAGCAGCUCAACACAGAGAUGAUCAAUGACCGUCUGAAGAGAACCACACUGCAGACUGAACAGUUGACCACAGAAAUGGCAAGCGAGCGCAGCAACUCUCAGCGGCUGGAGGGGGCUCGCUCCCAGCUCGAUCGCCAGAAUAAGGAGCUGAAACUGAAGCUGCAGGAGCUUGAGGGAACCAUCAAGUCUAAGUAUAAAUCCUCCAUCACUGUCCUGGAGGCCAAGAUCGCUCAGGUGGAAGAACAGCUUGACACAGAAUCUAAGGAGCGUCAGCAGGCCUCCAGGCUGGCCAGACGGACAGAGAAGAAGCUGAAAGAGGUCUUGCUACAGGUGGAAGAUGAGAGGCGCAACACAGAGCAAUACAAAGACCAGGCGGAGAAGACUAACAGCCGUAUGCGUCAGCUGAAGCGUCAACUGGAGGAGGCUGAGGAGGAGGUGACACGAGCCAACGCCAGCCGCAGGAAGCUGCAGAGGGAGCUGGAUGAUGCCACAGAGUCAGCAGACGCUAUGAAUCGUGAAGUCAGCACUUUGAAGAGCAAGCUCAGACGUGGAGAUGGGACUUUCAACGUGCGUCGUACACUGGCUCGCACCGGUCUGGACAGUGAUGAGGACAUGGACGUGCUGACUGAAACAUCAGAGACUGCAACUGAGUGAGCAGAGGAGCACCGAGAGGGAAAUAUUACGACCACAGUCAACAUGCAGAUAUAAUAAAUCAGUAGCCUUGCAACCUGAAGAUUUAUCUUUUUAUUCCCCUGAACAGACUUCUUUUACCCAUAUUGUUCCUUCCUGUAUGGUGCAUUUAUAUUUGGCCAAAUAAUGUACUUUUUGAAUGUGAGCAAUGUUUUUCCACACAGGCUUCACAGAUCAUUUUCUAGGUCUUUUAUUCUACUUAAUGGGUAUAUUAUAAAAUGGUGCUCCUCUGACAAGCCAUGUCCUUUGAGCUUGAGGUUUAUGUGCUGUUACUUGACCAUUUUGUCGGAGAAACGCUGGCCAUUUUAUGCUUAUUUUGCACACAAAUGUGGGUCUUUUUGAAAGUUGUGAUGCACUUACGGUAGAAGUCUGUACCGUGUGCUGUUACUCUCACUGUUAUCCUUUCAAUGGUCUUACCUCAACCAAAACUGCACAAUGCCACACACGAGAUUGGAAAAUAUUCACCUCUUCACUGCAAAAUGGUUGAAUCAGAAAUAUUGGUGAAAAUGUGUGUACUUUUUUUUUAAACCAUAAUCUAUGAUAGCACAGUUGAUGUAUCCUUGCUCACUGGUUUUACUGGUGUUGUUUAUUGGUGGUGGGUCAUCAUGUAGUCACUCUCACUGUACUUUAUUUCGUGCUGUGCUUUGCUUUGAUAUUGGCACAUUAGCCUGUGAAUGUUAAAUCCAAUACGAUAUCCUAACGCUGUAUUAUCAAAGAAAUGACACAACAUAUUGAUGCCAAUAUUUUAAGGCUAUUCUGUAUUUUAUCAAAGGCCUUAAUACAAUAAAUUGACAAUCCAUCAAAUGAA